AUGGAGAUCCCACGACCUGGCACGAGAAUCGAAAUUGUCGCUGCGAUGCGGCGAGUUAGGUACGAGUUCAAAGCCCGGGGCAUUAAAAAGCGACCGGUCGAUAUCACGGUUUCCGUGGAUGGGGUCAAGGUCGUUCUACAGAGAAAAAAGCAAAAGCAAAAAGGUCUCUCGUGGGACGAAUCGAAGUUGCUUGUGAUGUUUCACCCCAUAUAUAGGUAA